AUGGCAGAUACCGCAAAGGCACCAAAAGUUCGCAAGCCAUAUGAAGAAAUUGGCGCAAUUUUCAAUGGAAAUGAGGUUAAAAUAAGAAUACCAAAAAGCACUUCAAAACCACCGAAAUUAACACCGUCUCAGCUUAAGUUGCAGCAGCAAUGCACCUGUGAUGAUGGCCGCUCUAUCUGCUCGGAGACUUGCGGUUUCCCGGGUCAGGAAGCGCUUGAAGGUCGACGAGGCAACAUGCUUAAUGUUCAAGUUCCUGACGAUAUCUGUGAGGCGCUAACAAAUCGGACGGCAGUCAACUCUGAGCUCGUAUACAACAUGAGGGAAGGUCAUGACAAUCUAUGUAACGUAUGCAAUGUUACACCCAAGGACGCUCCUAAGGGUGUUCAGGCACAGAAGGUGCUACAUCCUGACAAGGACGUAUUUAUUCUUAAAAUUGGAAAGCAGACUGAUGAACCUAACCGCACUGGAAAUAUAGAACAGCUGCUAGACAUUGCUGACCGAGAUAAGCGGGAAAUUAACUCCGGUGGCAGAUAA